UCCGUAUCCAUAAUCCAUCCAUAUCCAAAACCACCACCAAAUGACUACGACAAACACUCCUUCUUUAUCCACGCGCUCUCACAGCGUGUGCUCUACUCCACUACUGUCUUAACCCCGCCACAUAGCAGUAACUCCUCCCUCCGAUCCUCCUCUCUUUCCCUCCCUCCUCCUCUCGCUCGUUCCCUCCCUCCGAAGCAAGAGCGGGCCACCGGCAAGCGCGUUGGGGAAAUCCCACCGCCAUGGCCACCACCAUCAACGACCUGCCGGAGGUCAUACUAUCCGCCAUCAUCACCUUAGUUUCCGACACCCGGACCCGGAACUCGCUCUCCCUCGUGUGCAAGAAGUUCCGGAGCAUGGAGAGGGCCACGCGCGCUUCUCUCACGCUCCGGGGCAACGCGCGCGACCUCCACCGGAUCCCGAUUUGCUUCACAGCGGUGGACCAGCUCGACCUAUCACUCUUAUCCCCGUGGGGCCACGCACUGCUCUCCCCCUCCGCCGCCACCACCGACCCUCUCCUCCUCGCCCAGUGCCUCCGUGAAGCCUUCCCAUCCGUCACCUCACUCACUGUCUACUCCCGAUCUCCCUACACCGUCCAGAACGUCUCCCGUCUGUGGCCGGGAUUGCGCCGGGUCAAGCUCGUCCGCUGGCAUCAACGGCCCCAUUCGCCCCCCGGCGCCGACUUCGUUCCUCUGUUCUCGGAGUGUCAAUCCCUCUUGGAGCUCGACUUGUCGGAAUUCUACUACUGGACGGAGGACCUCCCGCCGGUUCUGGAAGCCCAUCCCAGCGUGGCUCGAUCUCUCACCAAGCUCAAUCUCUUGACGACGUCGUUUACCGAGGGUUUCAAGGCCAACGAGAUCAAAUCCAUCACGGCGGCGUGUCCCAAACUGCAGCAUCUCCUGGUGGCGUGUAUGUUCGAUCCGAGAUACAUAGGCUUCGUCGGCGAGGAGGCUCUUUUAUCGAUCUCCGCCAACUGUCCGGAGCUCAGAGUCCUUCAUUUGGUCGAUACGACGUCGCUGGCCAACGCCCGCGGCGACCCAAACGACAAUGGGUUCACCGCCGAAGACGCGCGGGUCGGGCGCGCGGCGUUAGUAGACUUCUUCUCGGGGCUUCCGCUGCUGGAAGAGUUGGUGCUGGAUGUGUGUAACAACGUGAGAGACAGUGGGUUGGCGCUGGAAGUGCUCGGGUCCAAGUGCCCCAGGCUGAGAUUGCUCAAGCUGGGCCAGUUCCAUGGGAUUUGCUCAGCUAUUGGGUCCGAGCUCGACGGCAUUGCGUUGUGUGCAGGGCUAGAGUCGCUGUCGAUUAAGAACUCGGCCGAUUUGACGGACAUGGGGCUGAUUGAGAUUGCGAGAGGGUGUUGUAGAUUGGCCAAGUUUGAGGUCAUUGGAUGUAAGAGAAUUACGGUUAAGGGGUUGAGGACGAUGGCUUGUUUGUUGAAGAAGACUUUAGUGGAUGUUGGGAUCUCUUGUUGCAAGAACUUGGAUGCCGCCGCAUCAUUGCGGGCUCUGGAGCCCAUUCGUGAUCGGAUUCAGCGCCUGCACAUUGAUUGCGUAUGGGAACAGGAGGAUGCUGAUGGCUUUGAUGGCAUUGAUUAUGGUGGUGGCAUUGGGUUGAAUCGCAAUGGUGAUGAUGGCGGUGAUUACAUGGACUUGAAUUGGGCGGCUGAGUACGAAAACAGAAGUAGCAAGAAGUGCAAGUUGGGGAUGGAUGGGGAGUGUUCCUAUAUGCCACGAAGCAAUGGCCAUGGCUAUGGUGACUGGUCUUGGUAUGAUGAGACAUGGGAGAGGCUGCAUUACCUUUCGCUUUGGGUUGGGGUCGGUGAGCUGCUGACUCCAUUGCCGUCGGUGGGUCUCAAUGAUUGUCCCAAUCUGGAGGAGAUUCACAUUCGGGUUGAAGGGGAUUGCAGGGGAAAGCACAGACCCACACAGCGAGAAUUCGGGUUGAGCUGCCUCGCAGGCUAUCUUCGCCUGUCCAAGAUGAAGUUGGAUUGUGGUGAUACAGUGGGUUAUGCACUGACUGCCCCGCCGGGACAGAUGGACCUUAGCCUCUGGGAGAGGUUCUUCCUGGCUGGGAUUGGAAGUUUGUCCCUCAGUGUACUCGACUACUGGCCCCCGCAAGACCGAGAUGUAAACCAGAGGAGUCUCUCACUUCCGGCUGCCGGGUUGCUGUCGGAAUGUGACACGUUUCGGAAGCUCUUCAUCCACGGCACGGCUCAUGAACAUUUCAUGAUGUUCCUUGUGAGAAAUAACAACCUCAACUUGAGGGAUGUGCAGCUGAGAGAGGACUACUAUCCGGCACCCGAAAACGAAAUGAGUACGGAGAUGAGAGUGGAUUCGUGUUGUCGAUUCGAAGAUGCACUCAACAGGCGCCCAAUCCUCGAUUGAAAAAUAAAACUAAUGCGACCUAGUUUAUGAAAUCGGAGAGGAAGAAUGUAAGGAGUUCUGAACUUCUUGUUCAUGCCUCACUCUUAUCGUUUUCAAUUUUCCAUCGAAUAAUAUCUUGUCAUCCUUUUGCCAAA